ACCCGGAAGGCUUUGCUUUCAAUCCCACCGCCAUAUUGCGGCGUUUGUGGGAGUGCGGGCUGUGCAGCCUCCGAGGAGGAGUGACUGAAGUGCAAGAGAAAAGGCGCCUUUCGCUGCGGAGUCCAGUGUGUUGUUGAACGGCUGCAAGAAGCUGAAAAUGUCCCGGCGGAGGCACAGCGACGAGAAUGACGGAGGUCAACCUCACAAAAAACGAAGGGCAUCAGAAUCCAUUGAAAUUGAAGAUCGAUUGGAGUCCCUUAUCUGCAGAGUUGGAGAAAAGAGUACCUCAUCACUGGAAAGUAAUUUAGAAGGCUUGGCUGGUGUUCUGGAGGCUGAUCUACCAAACUACAAAAACAAAAUUCUUCGGAUCUUGUGUGCUGUGGCCCGCUUGCUUCCAGAGAAACUCACUGUCUAUACAACACUGGUUGGCCUCCUGAAUGCCAGGAAUUAUAAUUUCGGAGGAGAAUUUGUUGAAGCAAUGGUCCGGCAGUUAAAGGAGACCAUAAAAUCAAAUUUGUUUUAUGAAGCUGUCUAUGUGGUUCGAUUUCUAUCUGACUUGGUGAACUGUCAUGUGAUUGCUGCUCCUUCGAUGGUUGCAAUGUUUGAAAAUUUUGUGAGCGUCAUCCAGGAGGAGGACGCACCUCAGGUGCGUCGGGACUGGUAUGUGUAUGCGGUGCUUUCGUCAUUGCCGUGGGUGGGAAAAGAACUGUAUGAGAAGAAGGAUGUGGAAAUUGAUCGAAUUCUGAACCAAAUUGAAAGCUACCUAAAGAGGCGGCAAAAGACGCAUGUGACAAUGCUGCAGGUCUGGACGGCUGAGAAGCCACAUCCACAGGAGGAGUACCUUGACUGUCUGUGGGCACAGAUACAGAAGCUAAAAAAAGAUCGUUGGCAAGAGCGGCACAUCCUCAGGCCCUACAUCGCUUUCGACAGCGUUUUAUGUGAAGCCCUGCAGCAUAACUUGCCUCCGUUCACCCCGCCACCCCACUCUGAGACGGCGGUCUAUCCCAUGCCUCGCGUCAUCUUCAGGAUGUUUGACUACACAGAUGCUCCUGAGGGUCCUGUAAUGCCUGGAAGCCACUCUGUUGAAAGAUUUGUCAUUGAGGAGAACCUGCAUUGCAUUAUUAAGUCUCAUUGGAAGGAAAGAAAGACUUGUGCUGCCCAACUGCUGAGCUACCCAGGGAAGAACAAGAUUCCUCUGAACUACCAUAUCGUGGAGGUUAUCUUCGCAGAGCUCUUAAUGCUGCCUUUCCCACCCCAUAUUGAUGUUAUGUAUACCACCCUACUGAUUGAGCUCUGUAAGCUCCAGCCUGGUUCCUUGCCACAAGUUCUUGCCCAAGCAACAGAAAUGAUGUAUUUGCGCCUGGAUAGCAUGAACACGACGUGUAUUGACAGGUUCAUGAGUUGGUUUUCACAUCACUUAAGUAAUUUCCAGUUUCGAUGGAGUUGGGAUGACUGGUCUGAUUGUUUGACUCAAGAUCUUGAGAAGCCUAAACCAAAGUUUGUCAAGGAAGUACUGGAGAAGUGCAUGAGGCUAUCUUAUCACCAGCGAAUAGUGGACAUUGUUCCGGCCAGCUUUGCCCCACUGUUGCCCAUCAAUCCUCUGUUUGUAUAUAAAUACAUGGAUGAAAGCAGCAGCAGUACUUUGCCAGGAUAUCCUGUGACGAUUGCCAUCCACAAUGCCAUCAAAAACCGGGCCAACAAUGAAGAGAUCUUGAACGUCCUGAAAGAUGUGCCAAACCCUAACCAGGGCGAUGAUGAUGAUGAAGUAGACAGCUUCAACCCAUUGAAGAUUGAAGUCUUCCUGCAGACUCUUCUGCACUUGGCAGCCAAAUCCUUCAGCCAUUCGUUCAGUGCUCUCGCUAAAUUUCAUGAGAUCCUGAAAGCACUAACUGACACUGAUGAAGGGAAGCUGCACAUUCUACGUGUUUUGUAUGACGUGUGGAAAAACCACCCUCAGAUGAUAUCUGUUAUUGUUGACAAGAUGAUUAGAACUCAGAUUGUUGAUUGUGCAGCAGUAGCCAACUGGAUCUUCGCUCCUGAGAUGGCACAUGAUUUCACAAGAUUCUAUGUGUGGGAAAUUCUACACUCGACAAUCCGCAAAAUGAACAAACAUGUACAGAAGAUCCAGAAAGAACUGGACGAAGCAAAGGAAAAGCUGGAAAAACAGCACAGAAGGAGAGACAGUGGCGACGAGGAUGAUGACAAGAAUAGUGAUGAAGAUGGAUUAUUGGAAGAGCAAAUUGAGCGCCUUCAGGAGAAAGUGGAGACGGCACAAAGUGAACAGAAGAACCUCUUUCUGGUCAUCUUCCAGCGCUUCAUUAUGAUUCUUACGGAGCACCUGGUGCGUUGUGAAACUGCUGGAGUCGACUUCAACACGCCGUGGUACAAGAAUUGCAUUGAAAGACUGCAGCAGAUCUUCCUGAUGCAUUAUCAGAUCAUCCAGCAGUACAUGCUGACCCUGGAGAACUUGCUUUUCACAGCCGAGCUGGACCACCAUAUCCUUGCCGUGUACCAGCAGUUCUGUGCGCUUCAGUCGUAAGCACCUGCCUGGAGAGGCGGCCCUGUUGCUGCCUUUUGUUCUUUUCCUUGUGAGGACAGAGACUCGGCAAUUCUUGCAUCAAGAUACCUUUUGCCAUUAGCCUUUUGUAAGCCUUUCUGGACUGAGGGUCUGUGCCCACCACUGAAGUGAUGAUGACCCUUUUUAACUGUUUAAAAAAAAA